AAUUGGUAGAAUUAUGUCGGCAAGCGGAAUAACAUUGUAACAUAGGUUUGGCACGACAACGCUGAAAGGUUGCCAACUCCUGCAUUAAAAAAUGUAUUUUCAAAGAGGACUUGUUUGCAGGUUUCAGAUGACAACUAGGUGGUAACAUCCAUUGUUACUUACCAGCAUCUCUAAAGCUCUGUACUUUGUUAUCUGCCAUGUGCACCAAGUCACUCUGCUGUGUUACUCACCUCAUCUUCUUGUUUUUUUCCCUUUUCAGGUGUCAUUUUUUUCCUUAUUAACAAACUUCCAAACUCAAAUAUGUCCAUGAGACAGCGGCUCUGUGCAUUUGUUUUGUUUUGUGUGAUUUUCUAUUCUUACAAACAGUCUACAGUGCUAAAGCCUUAUUUUGAACACUUCUAUCAUCACUGGUAUCCUCCGGUCACUCAUACUGAGGUCUCCAGCAGUCUAAUUGUGUUGACUUACUUUAACGGGAAUAUAACUCCACCACUGAAACUCUCUGAGGAUGUAAUUCACAUUAUUGCCAUCACUAAACUGGAUGGUCAAGAAGAGUACCGCUGUCAUAUUGGUUGUAAACGGAUAUUGUUCUCCAUGGACGCACAGGCUGAAAUUCGCUUUGUAAAUUACAUCCUCCCCUACAGGCUAACUGACCUUUAUUGUCAAAAUCCAUGUGGGUCAGCAGCGAUUUUGACUCGUGUGACUGCGUGGGCACAUGGUCAGAGGGUGGCCUCAGAGCUCCCUGCGGCAAUUACAACUAUCGAUAAAAGCCGUCCUCAGCAGGACUUCACUGCAUGCAUUUCUGCAUUUAGUAAUUACGAUGGUGCACUUCUUAUUCAGUACAUUGAGAUGUUCCAACGCUUGGGGGCUGAAAAGAUCUUUCUGUAUGUAAGUGAAAUGUCCAAAGAGACACGAGAUGUGCUGGCUGAACUCAACCACAAGGGAUAUGUGAAAGUCAUCCACUGGAGAGUUGGCUUCAUUUUUACCCAGUUGAAUGGCAAGGACUUCCAAAGAGAUGUUCAGGUCGAGGCCUGGAGUGACUGCUUUUAUAGAAACAUGCAUAACACCAGGAGUCUUGCUCUCUCUGUGACAGAGCCAAUUGGCCUUUUCAGCAGUGCCUGGUGGGGGCUGCAGCAGUUCUUCAGAAAGGAGAACUUCAAUUUCAGUAAACUUAAUCUGAAGGACUGUGAGAAGUAUGUGACACAAGAUCAGAAGGACCAUUCACCGCAGGGGACAGACACCUUGUUUGCUUAUGUUAACCUGGCUGCUGAGCCUGCCACAUAUGAAUGGACUUCUAGACUGGCUCAGUGUCUCAACGAGGGGCCUCUCCAAGAGCAAGUGAUGUUUAUUUCAGCAAGAAUUCCAGGGAAAGUGUUUCAUGCAGAGAAGACCCCUACACUGGUCACUCCAAUCAGAGAUGCUCAAGCCUUUGUUCUUUCGGCGUUUUAUGAUGACAGACAUCAGGAAGACCUCAUUCGAAUCAUUGGGAUUGUGAAGAGAGAUUACUAUGAAAACCAAGGUGGGAGGCUUUACUGCCAUGUGCUGUGUCCGAGUGGCAUUUACGUGGAGCCCGUACAGACUGAAAUUCAUAUCGACCAUUUUGACUUUCCCUAUGGCACAGCGAGUCUAAUCUGCAGAAACCCCUGUGGAUCUGCCAUCCUAAUCAAUGUGACAGUAUCGUCAAGCAGUGAAAGCAGAUCCCCGGGGGUCACUUUGAAAAUUCAGAACACUAAAGAAUCUCGACCCCCCCAAGCCUCAGCAUGACUUCACUGUGUGCAUUUCUACAAUGUUUGCUAACUUUGGUAACGUCCUGCAACUCACCCAAACCCUGGAGAUGUACAGACUUCUGGGGGCAGGCAAAGUGGUCAUUUAUAAAACGAGCUGCUCUGACCAGGUACAGGAGGUGCUGGACUACUAUGCAAAAGAAGGGUUUGUCCAAGUGUUUGAAUGGACAGUGAAUUUGUAUCUCAACCCUUCUUCAAGCUGGAGGUAUGCUUUGCACCAGGCGGACUUGCACUAUCACGGCCAGAUUCCAGCACUAAAUGACUGUUUGUACAGGAACAUGCACUCCAGCAGUUACUUGGUUCUUAUUGACCAUGAUGAGAUCAUCGUACCCUACAAACAUGACAACUGGAGAGACCUGAUAGAAUCUCUAAGGAAAGCAACACCUAGUGCCAACAUUUUUAGGUUCACAAACCGUAUAUUUCCCACCGAUACAUAUGGCAAAGACUCUGGCACCCUGCAAUGGAAUGAUAUUCCUGGAGUCAAUAUUUUGCAAUUUGUCAACAGGGAAACAGAACUUGAAAGCUAUGACCCAAAAAAGAUGAUUGUGGAUCCCAGAAUUGCCUAUAAAGCCUCGGUUCAUUACCUAAUGGAACAUUUUGGAAGUGAGAAAGAGGUUGACGAACAUGACGCCCUAUUGUUCCAUUGUAAAGAACACAAAGUAAUCUCAGAACCGUUGAAUGACAGACGGAUCACCCGUUAUGAUGCUCAGCUCAGAAUAAACGUGAAUCAAGUUUUGAGCAAAACUCUAAGAAGAUCUUACCCUCUAGUGGUCACACCUGUGGGCAGUACAAAUAUCUUUAUUAUUUCAGCAUUUUAUGACAAUAGGAUAAUAAAGGGGCAGCCUUUGGAUGUGAUCCAUAUUAUUGGAAUUGUAAAGCGGGAUCAAUUUGAAAACCAGCAGGAGAAACUUCACUGUCACAUUGAGUGUGAGAGUGUCAUUUACCAUCGUGAUGUUCAUGUUCAUCUCUACAAGGAUCACAAUGGCUUCCCUUAUGGUACUGCUGAUUUCCUCUGCAAGAACCCAUGUGGAUCUGCUGCUUUGAUCCGAGUUGCUGUGAGUACAAGUGAUUUAAGAAGCUCGACUGAUGGAUAUUUGUAUGUUCAUACUUCCAAAGCUGCCCAACCUGCCCAACCGCAAAGGGACUUUACGGUGUGUAUUUCAACAAUGGCCGGUAAUUAUGAUAAUGUCCUGCAGCUUGUCCAGUCCAUUGAGAUGUACCACCUGCUGGGGGCCGACAAGGUCUUCAUAUACAAAACUAACUGCUCUUCCAUGGUUCAAAAGGUGCUGGAUUUCUAUACCACGGAGGGCUUCUUGGUGGUCUUCAACUGGACUGUGGAUUCCUACUUAAAAUCUUCUGAGAUAUUUAAUCACGGCCAGAAUACAGCACUUCAUGAUUGCAUUUACAGAAACAUGUACACCAGCAGGUACCUGGUUCUCAGCGACCUUGGGGAAAUUCUUCUUCCAUACAAGCAUGAAACCUGGGGGGAUCUUCUCAAGUCCCUCAGAAGUGAAAACUCCAGGCCUAGGAUUUUCGCAUUUACCAGUUACAUGUUUUACCAUACCACCAACCACGAGGUUUCAGGUGGAUCAGAAUGGGAGAAUAUAACUGGAGUGAAUAUACUGCACCAUGUGUACAGAGAGAAAGGGGGCAAAGGGUCUAAGAAGAUCAUUGUAGACCCACAAAUGGUAGAAGAGGUGUUUAUUCCAGAAUUACUACAGAACGGUGAAGAAAUGAAGCAGGUUGAUAAAGAUGAUGCACUGUUGUUCCAUUGUAAUGAUCAUACAGCUAGCUUGAAAGUGUCAUAUGACCCAAGAAUAUUAAAUUAUGAAUCUAAACUUAAGGAGAAUGUCAACACCAUGCUGAGGAAAACCCUAAGAAGGUAAAUUUCUGAACAAAAAUCUUUCCCUUUUUUGCUUGUUGAAGACAUUCUGGCAAAAGGACUUGUCAGCCACUUUUAACAAAGUCAGUAUGCAGACCUGAUGAUCUUUUAGAGAACCUUCACAAGAGGAAACUGUGAUAAAACAAUCCAUGGAGAUUCUGUCUCUUACUGAGAUUCCCAGAUGUGUGUUCUCUGGGAAGGAACUCAAAGGCACUAUUUUGGGCAAAUAGUUACAUCAACACUAAUGGGUAGUGUUGGCAUUUAUGAUGACUCCAAUGGGUUAAAAGGAACAUCAUGGUUCAUAUUCAUGUUGGUAAACAUACAAGAUGAAAUGGUUAUGGGGUGUAUAUGAGUAGUGUGAAGGGUGAACCAGUUGAGACCAGGAGUUCCAGCAGUUAUAUACAAUACAGGAGAAGAGUUGGUCCAUAAGAUGUACAAGUGGACAAAACAGGGCACUGCAAUGCAUUUAGUAACUCACCAAAAUCAAUAUACAUCUUGAUGGGUGAGUUUAGGAAAGGCCACUCCAGAAACAAUUAUUACAUUGAAGGACAGCUCCAGAUUACACAUAACAGAGCAGGAUAGGUUGGUAGGUGUUAGCAGCUGAAGUCAUUAUUUCAAAGUGAUGCAAUGCCAAAUUUUCUCCCUGAUGACAAAUAAACUUCUAUCAAUCUCCUACCAGUUGUAAGGAACAAAUGAACUGUGGACAUUACUUGACCCUUUGACUAAGACCACAGAGACAUCUGAGCCACUAGAGGGACCUCUAGAAAAGCAGUCCUGGGAAUUCCAGUGGCUAACCUUGGUCCCACAAGUUAGCCAUGGGUUGCUCACAGAAGUACUAAAUAGGAAAGUGUUGAACUAGUAGAAGAUAUGAAGGUACGCACAGGACUAACAGCUUAAGGCCUGAAAUGAAUUAUUCUGUGGUAGGAAAGUAGACAAGCCACCCUUCUUGACAGACAGGUGACUAGACCUAGAGUGGCUGUAGAGCUUUGUCUGUUCUGUUUAUUUCUAUCCCUUGUUUUCUAGUAUCCUGUAAUCUUCCAUUUAUAUUAUUUAUGUAAAUAAAUGUUAAUUUAUUUUGGAAA